GUCCUCCAACUGUCACUCUGUGUGUGCCCGUUCUCCUUCCCUCCCCUGUGUCCGUUCUCCCCCUCUUAACUGUCACCCUAUGUGUGUCUGUCCUUCCUCCUACUGUAACCCAAUGUCUCUCCUACCAUCCUGUUACCCUAUGUGUGUCUGUCCUCCCUCCCAUUGUCACUCCAUGUCCGUCUACUCAUCCCGUGUGUCUGUCUCCUCCUACCCACUGUCUCCCUGUGUCCGUCCUUCCUCCUACUGUCACUCCAUGUGUGUCUGUCCUCCCUCCCUCUGUCACCCGCUGUCCGUCUACUCCUCCCGCUGUCACCCGUUGUCUUGCCACCCCCUGUGCUACCCCUUGUGUUCCUCCCCUCUCGCCCUAUGUCCGUCUAACUGUAUCUAACUGUCACCCUGUGUCUGACCUCCCUCUGACUGUUAUCCUGUGUCCAUCAUGUUGCAUCUUGGGGAUCCCUGUCAUCUUGGACCAUGUCUUUCCCUUCCCUGACUGUCAUCUUUUGUGGCUUGGCCUUCCUUCUCCCUCUGUCCCUCCAAAACAGCCACCCGCUCUUCAGCUCUUCAUCCUGAGUUCACAUCCUGGCUGCCCAGCUGGGUGCCCCUCAGUGUCUCUUGGUGGACGCUGAGGAGGUUGGCCGUGGCGUCGAAGCUGCUCCUUGUGGAAUCCCAGGUUCCACCAGGCCCUUCCUCUGGGUGGUGAUUACAGAGCCCAGCCCGGCCUCUUGACAUUUUUUUCGAGACAGCGCUGGCCCCAGGCUGGAAGGUCGGCGGCAGCUGCUUGCCUGGGGGCUGGAAUUUCUAGUUUCUCAGGAUUGUUCGAGGCCGUAGACCCAGGAAGAUUCCGGGACGAGGAGAGGGGGCAGUAGUAGCCUGGUAUGGGCGUUCAAGGUACCGUCUGUGUCCUGCUGUCAUUCCCGUUCAUCUUCAGCCCAUGUUUGGGCUGCGGGGAGGCCACGCCUGAGUGGGCCGCCCUGCUCUACUACGGACCCUUCAUUGUCAUCUUCCAGUUUGGCUGGGCGGCCACACAGAUUGCCCACCUCAGUCUCAUCCCAGAGUUGGUGACCAAUGACCACGAGAAGGUGGAGCUCACAGCCCUCAGGUACGCCUUCACCGUGGUGGCCAACAUCACAGUGUAUGGCGCCGCCUGGCUGCUGCUGCACCUGCAGGCCUCCUCGCACUCCGGCCAGGACAUCGGUGUGGGGGACCAGCUGGGAGUCCAGGAUGUGCCUGUGUUUCGGAACCUGGCCUUGCUGGUGGUGGGCUUAGGCGCCAUCUUCUCGCUGCUCUUCCACCUGGGGACCAAGGAGGGGCGCCGGCCUAGGCCCCGGGGGUCGGAACCCGACGAGCACAGUCCCCUGGUGGCUCCAGCGGACAGGCCACUGCUGCUCUGGAAACACUGGCUUCGGGAGCCAGCUUUCUAUCAGGUGGGCUUGCUGUACAUGACCACAAGGCUCAUCGUGAACCUGUCUCAGACCUACAUUGCCAUGUACCUCACCUACUCCCUCAGCCUGCCCAAGAAGUUCAUUGCCACCAUCCCCCUGGUGAUGUACUUGAGCGGCUUCUUCUCCUCCUUCCUCAUGAAGCCAGUCAACAGGCGCAUAGGGAGAAAUAUGACCUACUUCGUGGGACUGCUGGUGAUCCUGGCCUUCGCAGCCUGGGUGGCCCUGGCAGAUAAGCUGGGCGUGGCCGUGUACGGGGCCUCUGUGCUGCUGGGUGCCGGCUGUGCCACCAUCCUCGUCACCUCCCUGUCCAUGACAGCUGACCUCAUUGGGCCACACACGCACAGCGGAGCCUUCGUGUACGGUGCUAUGAGCUUUACGGAUAAGGUAGCCAACGGGCUGGCAGUCAUGGCCGUGCAGAGCCUCCAUCCCUGCCCUUCCGAGCUGUGCUGUGGGGCCUGCGUCGGCUUCUACCACUGGGUGAUGGCGGCCGUGACGGGCGGCGUGGGUGUGGCCGCUGCCCUGGCUCUCUGCAGCCUCCUCAUCUGGCCCAUCCGCAUCCGGACCUGGAACCCUGGAGACCGGCCCUGACUCCUGGCUCCCCAGGCCGACGAGACUAAUUACCAGGCAGACACCCCGGCCCCCACCUGCUCGGGGUCAGAGGGCACGGCAUGCCAACCGUCGACGCAGACAUGGGGACAUGUGGAUGCAGGGGUCGGCAGCAGGGCUUUAUCAGAACGUGGGCGUGAUGGCCCCGAGCGGCUGGCCGGUGGGCCGGUACCGGCGCUCCACGGCCCGCUGCGUGAAGUCCUGCGUGGUGUAGCGCGGCCGCAGUGACGGCGACAGGUUCGGCACGUAUUCGGACUGCCAGGGCAGCUCCACCCCGAACUGGCUCCUUUUGGCCACUGCAGACCCCCGACCGGCUCAGCAGCUCCGGCUGGGGGUUCUGGAGCCCAGCCCCCCGCCUGGCAGCGCCGCCCCUCACCUUCCCACCCGCCGCGGUCUAGCGCGCCUCCUGGCUCUUCCUGCUGGUUUGACACCCGCUAGCCUAGCCUGCCUCCCGGACUUCUCUGCCAGCAGAGUGCAGGGUGACCCAUGCCCUCCGUCCCCUCCCGACCCCAUCCCUGCAGCUCACCGAACUCCUUGCCACGGAUGUGCCUGUCCUUCCACGGCACGCAACCCCAGCGCGUGCCCGUGGCGAGGUACUGUGGGGGCAGCGCGGGGUCCCAGAAGGCCGUCUCCCGCAGGUGCUGUGUGUAGCCUGGGGGGAGGUCGGUGGGGGGAGGGAUGGUCAGCUCGGCACCCACGGGUGGGCCCGGCCAGGGGCAGGACACUCACCGGCAGGCAGGCCGCGCUGGCCCCUCUGGAAGCAGCCGUUCCAGCGCGCGUGGGCCUCACGGUAUGGGCUGUCCAGCGCAGCGGGCAGCAUGUACCAGGCCUCGCGUGGCGCCGAGUUUGUCAGGCCGGUGUACCACACCUGGCCGACCGCAUCCCUUCCCAUGGGCGUGAACUUCCAGCGCAUGUCUUGCUUGACGGCCGGUGCCGAAUGGGGCCCCUUCCGGGCCACAAAGUCAUUACUGAGGAAGGACAGGCACUGAGCCGGGAUGCCCGCUGCUCCCAGCCUCAGGUUUCCCAUCCGCCCUUUGCCAAGGUCACCCCACGCUGUCCGGCCUCUCCUCUGCGCUCCCCCACCUGAGGAUCCCCCUGCUUGUUUGAGGCGGGGCUCACUGUUGGCGAUCCUCCUGCCUCCCAAGCACUUGUUUGACAGGCACAAGCCACUCUGGCUUCUGGGAGGAGGAAGAGGGAAGAACCCAGCCAGUCCGGGGGGCCCCUGUGCAUAGUGCGCCUGGGAGGCCUCAGCAGACCAGCCGCCAGGGUUGCAGGUUAAGGGGUGGGGGGAAGGGACCCACCUAUUCAGGGGGGGCGGGAAGUAACGCUCGAGGGUGCCCGAGGGGACGUAGGGCUGGGUAGCCUCCCGCCUCAGGUUCUCCAUGUCUGCCUCUGUGUUCCCAGAGGCUCUGACUACCAAGUCCCCACAGCCUUUGUUGACAGGGACAAAGGUGUCCCAGCAACAGGAAGGGGGCAGCCACAAUCCAUGACAGCUCACUUCCUGCGGUAGGGCUGGAGCCAUCAGGAUCAAAGUAGUGCCUGGGGCCUCUUGAGUGCCCUCCUUGAGCCUGGGUCCCCACAGCCUACCCUCACCAACACCUACCAGGAAGGGCUCGUGGGUGCGCAUACUGGGCCAGAGUGUGAGGUAUGAAGGCCAGAGAGAUUCAGCUGGGUGAUGGGUACAGAGCCUGGAGUACACUCAGCUUGAGGCUGUCACCAACCAUUAUGGAGGGACCCAGAGACGAACGCCACAAAGUACGGGCUCUGCAACAGGAUAUGCCCACAACAUGGAGAUCCAUCGGGGAGGGGUUUCCCGGGGGCUGUGGUUGGGGCCUCUGGGACUGUUAACAGCGCUGAAGAUGCCAAGCCCAGGGGCUUGCUCAUGUUAUGAUGGCGCACUGUUCACUCUGUGCAUCUCAGGAUAAUAAACCGGCAACGCAGUCA